GUACUUACUGUGGGCACGCGUGAUCGUAGCCGCGGCGCACGCGUAAUACAUGUAUUUCGAACCCUAGCCGUAGCCACACUUGUUCGGACACAGCUUGACCUUUCACGGAAAUCGAUAUAAUUUUAGUCUGGUUCUCGGGCGUCUGUUUUCAUAGAGAUACUGUAAAUACGUAUGCGGCAAAUAUCAGACUUCAACACCGACGCGGAAAAUUCACGUGGCUUCCACUCGAAGCUCAGUGAAGUCAACUGCGUUCUUGUGAAAGUUGCCCGGCGAGUUUGCACGUUAAUCUUGCAGAUUUGUUCUCAUUGUUCAAGUCAAGUGUUGCUGUGGACAGUGAAAAUCUGUUCAAGACGUAAUUUAGGAGUGAACUAUCACUGUUAGUUGUCGAAACAUCCUGUUUAUCAGAGUAUAUAUUGCAUACCCUACCGAACCGAGAAUGUCGUACGGCCGCCAGUCAUCAGACUGUCGGAUUUACGUCGGCAAUUUGCCAUCAAACAUCAGGGAGAAGGAGGUGGAAGAUUUAUUUUUUAAGUAUGGCAGGAUAUCUAACAUUGACCUGAAGAACAGGUCCCCUGGACCGGCGUUUGCCUUCAUUGAAUUUGAGGACAGAAGAGAUGCUGAAGACGCAAUCUACUACCGAAAUGGAUGCGAUUUCGACAACUGCAGACUACGGGUUGAACGCCCUCGCGGUGAUGGGCCCCGAGGAGGCUACAGUGGGGGGAGAAGGGGUGGUCCCCCACCCAGGAGAUCUGACUACCGAUGUAUCAUAUCAGGACUGCCUUCUACUGGUAGUUGGCAAGACUUGAAGGACCACAUGCGCGAGGCUGGUGAUGUCUGUUACGCAGAUGUAUACCGAGAUGGCACUGGUGUAGUGGAGUUUGUCAGGGAAGAGGACAUGCGAUUUGCCUGCAAGUCGCUUGAUGACACCAAGUUUCAUUCACAUGAGGGUGACACAUCUUACAUUCGUGUGAAAACUGACUACAAAGGUGGACGCAGCCGAUCCCGAAGUCGGUCUCCGAGGCGCUACAGCCCCAGGCGAAGCCCGAGACGUUCCUCCUACAGUCCCAAGCGCUCUCGGCGCUCCUACUCCAGGUCCAGGUCCCGCAGCCGAUCCAGGGGCCGCGACAGCCGCAGCCGUUCCCAUUCUCGUUAAAAGUCUGUCCUAACAACAUGGGCGAUCGAACGUAGUGACCCAAACAAGGAAGUACGGAUGCCAAUUUCAAAAAGGACAUGGGAGACCAAGGUUGGUUUACACCACAAAAUCCCCCCAAACCCCAGAACAGGUGUUCAAAUCAGAGUCAAUCUAUAACAGGUCAUUCAGAAGUACAUGCCGGUAUCUGUUUCAUAUUCCUUCUGUCUACAACUACAGACGUGGACUCCAGCCUACCUUUCACUUCACAAGACAAAAUUAGAGCAUGCCUUAUUAAGUCCUCAUUAUGCAAGUGAAGGCCCUCGUCUUUUCAGGUUGAGACUUUAACCGUAACCCCCCCCCCCUCCGGCUCUUGCAUUAGGGGUAUACUGAACCCAACAAACUUCAACAGACACAUGUACUUGUAUAUGCAGGUCACUGUACCAAACCUGAUAAACUCCAACAAAAUGACUCUGUUGGGAGUUUGAGUGAUACGGUACGGAUGGGUCUAUGCAGUAUUGGAUGACUUGCACUAACCAGUAAACAAACCUGAGAAAAUCAAGCCUAGUUGAACACUUGGUACAGCAAGCCAAACACUGCUCACAGUGAUCCCUGUGUGUUCCAACUUACACAAAAUCUAACACCAAGUCCAACAAAUUCAACAAGAAGUUAAACGGGUCUAGUACCAAACCUGCCAAUACCUAGCUGUUGGAGUUUGAUGGAUACUGGGUGGUUGAGGUUAAUGGCCUAAAAGGCUGUAACACAUGAUCAUUUUUUUGUUAAUAUAACGUAGAUACUUUUUAAAGAAGUCCAGUAUGGCUAAAGCUUGUGAUUUUGGCAUUCGUUGAGCUUGAAAUCUAUGUUUAUGCACCAAUUAAUGUUUGCUUACAAUUCUGCUAUUAAAAAUUUACACUUCCCCUUUGAUAAUUGUAGAAGCUGUGUUUUGUUUGAAUAUGUAUUCAGGAAUUGAAUUUGCAUUGGAAGUACAAACUACGUUUACAUUAGGCAUAGACUAGCAUAAGCAAUUUGUAAUUUUUUAUAAAACAAAUGAGAGUUUCUUUUCUAAUUAAAAAUAGGACAGUUAAGACAAUCAACUCAUGACCCAAAUUUGGCCUCUUUGUAAGAUAAUUUUUUCCAGGAGAGCAGGCGCGGUUCUAGAACAUGUGACCUCACCUUUUAACUUUCACGGCAACUUUUGCAUUUUUGCUAUUUUUUCGGGAAGGGGGGCUGCACAGAAGUUUGGGGGCCAAAGCCCCCUGUAGAUCCGUGCCUGCAAGAGAGAUCAAAUUCAUCUUGUCCCACCUGUGUGGACAUCCAUGUCCUCAAACCAUUUCUGGCUCAUUUCUCAGGAUAUUGUAACAGAAGAUUUGUCCAUUCAGUUCACCUAUUAGCUUUGAUGUCUUAUGUCCACACAGUCAAGUCACAGACCCAUAUUGUGCUUCAUCUUGGUUGUGAUUGGUUGAAACACUCCUGGCAUUUUUUAUUCAAGCAAUGGGCAAUCACAUGUACAACAUUCACAACAUUUUAGACGGCCUCAAAAAGAUCUCCUCUCAGGACCUGUGUUUUCACAACCUUUUGUAUUUUUUCAAUGUCCUCAGUGCCGUAAGGAUGGACAUUCGGAAUUCUGGAUUCCUUAGGAUAAGCACUGGAAUCGAGGAGUCAAAGGAAGGAUUUUUUAGAACAGAUUUUGGUUGUCAUGGCUGGAUCAGGAAAAGAGGGCACUGAGUUUGGAGCAGCCACUUUUUUGGGCAAACAAAGGACUGCCACUAGGAACAGGCUUUUGAACCAAUGCCAAGUUUGGGACAAAUCACGGACGGACUUGAUGGUACUGGUAGUCUGGUAUGAUUAAAAAAAUAUUGCAUUCUGUAGCAUGUUUGAGUUAUUUCUGAGGCAGAUUUUUCCUUCCAAUGAUACACACCAUUUGUGGAAAGCAUAUUUGAUCCUUCAAUAUUUGGCCAUUUUAUGAUGAAUCACCAAUCCAAGGACGUAAAAAGAAAAAAAAAUCAAAUGUAAAUUUGUCUCAGCUUCAUUAGGUAGUGAUUCAAACAUGUACUCCAGAUAUUGAUGUAAUAUUUUGUACUUUAUAAUCAUUGGUAUUUUUUUAAUUCUGUGGGGUUGAACACGUUUAUACAUUUUUAUCACAUAGCAUGAUGUUUGUCCUGUUACUUGAGCGUGCUUUAGUUAUGGAUUAGUAGUUUGAUGUGACAUUUUUAAUUUGUGAAAACUGUUUACUGAGUUGAUAAUUAAAUAAGUGUUUUUUCAAAGUGGUAUCUUUUUUUGGGAAAAGUAAAUGCAUUUUUGGCAUUUUUGUUUGCCUAGAAA